AUGAAUUGGUUCAAACAACAGUUGGCUAAUGUCGUCGGCACCGAGGAACCCGAAUACGGUCCCACCGCAAUUCAACCCGUCACCAACCAGAUCGCAAAAGUUCCAUACUCGACACUAAGCAAAGAUGACCUCAAAUGGAGGGUCAUGGAGACUACCAACGUCGAGACCCAGACAUUCUACUUCAUGAGCGAUGAUGGAACAACUUCAAUGGCCCAGCUGAUUUAUAGUAACGUCGGAGGCAUCCAUACAACCGCCCAGUUCAACUCCAAGAUCUGGGACCAUGACGGACCCGGAAAGCAUCUUUGGUGUGCCAGUCCAUUGAGUGACUAUGGCUUUGACGAGCCACAGACCGGUUUCUACGCAGAGAAUGUCUCGGUAGAAUUGAAUGAGGCGGGCGACACAUAUACAAUCAAGUCGGCUGCCCAUGAAUCCUGUAUUGUGAAUUUGACUGUCACAAGAAAGAGUCCCGGUUUCCAAAUCGGCGAGAAUGGCACAUCUUAUUACGGAACUGAUCCGGCAAAUCCAUGGGGUCAUAUGCGACAUGCAUUCUGGCCUCGAGCACUUGUCACCGGCACUAUGCAGACCCCCAGUAAGACCUACAAAAUUGAUGGAAAGGCUUUAUAUUCCUAUGCCAUUCAGGGUAUGAAACCCCACCAUGCUGCUGUCAAGUGGAACUUUGUCAACUUCCAAACCCCAACAUAUUCCGCACUUCUCAUGGAAUUCACAACUCCUCUUGCCUAUGGAAGAACCAGUGUGAGCAUUGGUGGCAUUGCAAAGGACGGAGAAAUUAUCGUCGCCGGAAAUACCUCUGUCAAACAUGUGACUUCGGUCAAAGAGACCGAGAAUGACUGGCCUGAACCAAAGACCAUUUCUUGGGAAUGGCAGGGUGAAAAGGACGGUAAAUCAGUGACUGCAUCGAUCAAUGGCGAUUUGCCUGCCAGGACGGAUCGAGUUGAUGUCCUUGCUCAUCUGCCCGGCUUCGUCAAGUCCUUCAUUAGUGGUGCAACAGGAUUGAAGCCACACAUUUUCCAGUACAUCUCGAAAGAUGAACUCACUCUGAAAAUCAAGAUUGGGGAUGAGGAAUUCUCGGAAUCUGGAAGGCUCUUCUCGGAAGCGACCUUUAUAGCAUGA